AUGCCCCAUCCCCCCCUCGACCUUCACCCACCCAAGCGGUUGUUCCGCGGCCUCCGCAACCCCGCCUUCCUAACCCUCACCGUCAUCACCGUAACCUGCUCAGUCUUCGGAUGGAUCACCUGGCUGCGCGGCGGCGAGGCCCCGCCGUUGACGGACCAGGGGCGGGUCGAGCAGGAGGCCAAUCGGCAGGGAGCGGCUAUUGCGCGAGUGGUCACGAGGGGAAUCCUGGGUGGGAAUGCGAAGAGUGCGGGGAGUGGAGGGAAGGGAGAAAGUGGGGGGGAGGGCAAGAUGGAAGGGAAGGUGUUUGAGGACCAGACGGUGCCGUUGGAAGUGGCGAGUGGGAAAUUGGUUGAUGGGCGGGUUGGGGUCGCUCCACGGGAAAUCCCCGAUGAGGCCGACCGCAAAUCUCCUCAUGAACUAAGUGCAAACUAA